AUGGCCACUGGAAUGUCGAUUUCAGCGUCCUCCGUCUGGAAGAAGGAGGUAGAAUGGAAGGAACUUCUCGCAAAGGAAAUUGAAGGACUGCAGAGACGGCUGUCGGAGAAAGAGCAGAAAAUAUCAACGCAGAGUGCUCAGCUAGAUGAAAUCAAACAGUCAUUCCUGUACAACUUUGAGCUCCUAAAGGGACGUGAUGCCGAGUUGGCGCGAUUCGUGAGAGCAACGGCUUAUCUAAAAUCAAUCAUCUCCAAACGUGAUAAAGAGAUCAGCGAACUCAAGGUCACUGUUGAUAGGCUGACCAGCGAACUGUCAGGCAGUCGACAGAGUGAGACCGACUGGAAGAGCCGUUUCGAGGCGGAGACCAGCCGGGCGGUUGUGCGCGAG